AUAUUUAUGUAUAGAGUGUAUAUAGUAGAUAUUUGUUUUUCGUUUAAACUUUAAAACGUGCUGCUAAAAUCUAUAGUAAAUCAUUGAUGUGAGAAACGUGUAAGCGGCAACAAGUUCAAGUUUCGCGGCGCUAUAUAUGUACAUAUCUACUGAUACAUAAAUACAUAUUAUAUAUACACAUAUACAUAAAUAUAUUAGUGCGACACGAAUACUCCUGGAAUACAAUUCGGUACAACCUGCCUAUUCUACGCUUCAAAGCAGUAUAACUAAUUAACGGCUAACAAAGUUUAAUUACACCAAAAGAUUAUUUCAAAUGGAAAGUUAUCUUGCAGUUUAAUUAGUUGUGCUUGUUAAAUCAAAUAUAAGAGCCCGAAUGCCGAGAUUGUUCAAAGACGAGUUCUGGAAAUUUGCUGUAGCACCAUAAAUUCAAGAAACUAAAUACAAAAAGGAAGAUAUAAAAUAAGAAUAAGAAAAAUUUGAAAAAAUCGCGCUUUUGUUAGUUUGUUUAGUCUAUUGUUUUUGUUGCUGUUAACUGUUAUUUUAAAUUACUCGUAAAAGUGGCUGUCCGUUAUUUGGAGACAAGAUGAGUUUCAGCGGACCAAGCGGACCACGUGACAACGUGCGAAAGUUAUCGUUCCUCGGCUUCAAUACAAAAAAGUCCACCGGGAAUGAGGAUCCAAACGAGGUAUUCUUGGAUUCGGAAAUGGAAAAAGUUUUCGCCGGUCCAAGUGCGCACAAGGAAAAGUUCGAUGUAACGACAUUUCAGGACGCGAAUCAGCCAAUUGGUUCGUAUAAGCAGAGUAAUGUGCAUCGUAAAAGUGAACUCAAUAUUGAAGAGGAUUCUGAAUAUGAAAGUACAACUGAUCCCGUUAAUCCACAAAAUUAUGAUGAUAUACCCGAAGACUAUCCAUUAGUAUCCGAACGGGCCGGACACGGCGAUCAUUCGGAUAACUCCGCUGAGGAGAAGCAAGUGCAUUUUGGCAAAAAAAAGGCUGUAGUAUCCCCGCCCACUUUAGUCUACGAUGAACAACCCGCUGACAAUAUACACGAACGUAAACGACGAAGAAGCCGCCAUCAGUAUUAUAGACAACGUAAAUUUUCCCAUCAAGACAGCGUGGAAAACAAAAAAGUGGUCGAGGAAAAUGGCGAGGCCGGUGUCCGCAAGGUAUCCGUGCAACCGGAGGAUUCCACAUUAGAGGAGGCUGAUCUCAAUGAGUUGAGAUCCCAUCGUUCGGAUGAUCCCCGUGCGCUCAGGCGUCACAAAAUCCAUCAUUCAUCAAUAAAAUUACGCGAGCUGCCGCAAAUCACUGUGGCGGGCUUGCAACUGAAGAAGGUCUACGACCAUAGUCCGCAUGAGAUUUUCGUACAACUCGAUGAAUUGACGGGUAUUGGUGAAGAUCGCGAAUGGAAAGAGACGGCACGUUGGAUCAAGUAUGAAGAGGAUGUUCAGGAAGGUUCCGAUCGUUGGGGCAAACCGCAUGUUGCCUCACUAUCCUUUCACUCGUUGCUCAAUUUGCGUCGUUGCCUCGAGACGGGCGUAGUGUUGCUCGAUUUGAAUGAAAAGGAUCUGCCAGCGGUCGCAUAUCGGGUUGUCGAGCAGAUGGUUGUCGAAGAUCUAAUUAAUGCCGAAGAUAAGCCGGCGCUUAUGCGGUCAUUGUUAUUGCGCCAUCGACACGUGAAUGAACAUCAAAGUGGCUUUCCGUUUACGAAACGGAAAUAUAGCAGCUACACCAGCUUACAGUUGCUUUGGAUGGGUGGCGAGAUUCAACAGCAAUUUCAGCAACAACAACAACAACAUCUCAUCAAUGUUGAGAAUGCCAAAAAGCGUCGUUCCGUUUGUGAAACUCUAAGUGCACCACCUACAUCCAUAUCACUUUGCAUCGAACCAGGCAGUAACACCAAUCGACGGCACUCCACUUUGUCGUAUUUGGGAAAUCUAACUGGAGAAGACAAGCGGCCCAAGAUAAUGCCCGCUAGCGAAAUUGGCGGCAGCAAGCGUAGUAAUGAUUUAAAGAUUGAUAUCAGGGACGAUAUGUAUUCGUCGUCGCAGGAGAAUCUACAGAAGCUGCAAAAUGAUAGUAUACUCAAGCGUAUACCCGUGGGCGCUGAAGCGACGACUGUAUUGGUCGGUGCUGUAGAUUUUCUUCAACAGCCAACAAUUGCGUUUGUACGUCUCGCCGAAGGUGUGCUUAUGCCCACUUUGACCGAGGUAGCUGUGCCCGUGCGUUUUAUGUUCAUACUCAUGGGUCCACCAACGCUCGAUUUGGACUACCAUGAAGUGGGCCGCUCUAUUGCCACUCUAAUGGCGAACGAACCGUUCCAUGCAAUCGCAUAUAAGGCAGACGAUCGCAAAGAUCUGCUUUCAGCUAUCAACGAAUUCUUGGAUGAUUCAAUUGUAUUGCCACCGGGUAAUUGGGAGCGUCAAGAUCUUUUGCCAUUUGAGGAAUUGAAAGCAAAAAAGGACUGGAUUCGUUCACGCAAGCGCAAAGCGUUGGAGGUAAAGAAUGAACUGAAGGAGAAGAUAAAGCAAGAAGCUAAAAUAAUUGUUGAAAAGAAACCGGAAUUAGAUAUUCUUGAUGGCAAGAAAAAAAUCAAUCCGCUCGAAAAGACACACAAGUGGUGGGGUGGCCUACGUAAUGAUCUCAAGCGUCGUCUGCCCAUGUAUAAGAGCGAUAUUACCGAUGGUCUGAAUUCGCAAACGUUAGCCGCUACUAUCUUUAUGUACUUUGCCUGCCUCUCGACAGCUAUCACUUUCGGCGGUCUAGCCUCCGAAAAGACGGGCAAUCUAAUUGGUAUUUCGGAGACAUUAUUGAGCACGGCACUUUGUGGUAUAAUUUUCCAUACGAUUUCCGGUCAACCACUCGGCAUUAUAGGCACCACUGGCCCACUGUUACUUUUCGACGAAGCAUUGAUUAACUUUUGCCGCGAGAAUAAUUUACCCUUUCUCACGAUCCGCGCUUACAUUGGCGUUUGGUUGGCCAUCAUUGCCACAACUUUGUCUGCAUUCGAAUGCAGCGUUUACGUGCGCCUGUUUACGCGUUUCACCCAGGAAAUCUUCUCAGCAUUGAUCACAUUGAUCUAUAUCUAUGAGACGUUGAUGAAAUUGGUAUCUGUGUAUAAGAAGAAUCCACUAUUGGCCGACUAUAAUUUCCCGCCAGCAACGCUCGCACCACAACUGCAGAGCUACGACAACACAACUACGGAUAGUUUCGGUAAUGUGACCGCCGAUGUGUCGAUAUCAAACACAACAUCCAGUAUUGGUUUAAUUUCGAACAUUGUAUCCCACACAAAUAUGCCAAACACAGCACUCUUCUGCACGAUACUCACCUUGGGCACCUUCACUAUCGCCUACUAUUUGAAACUCUUCCGUAACUCCCAUUUCCUGGGACGAAAUGCUCGCCGUGCGCUGGGUGACUUUGGUGUGCCGAUUGCUAUAGCAAUUUUUGUAUUAAUUGACUAUCUGAUACCUCAAGUGUACACUGAUAAACUCAGCGUGCCAGAGGGUAUUUCACCCAGCGAUCCGGAAGUGCGCGGUUGGUUGGUGUCUUUGGGUGGCAUGCCCGUUUGGGCACCAUUUGCUUGUGGUAUACCAGCUAUUUUGGUGUACAUUCUCAUCUUCAUGGAAUCGCACAUUUCCGAGUUGAUUGUCGAUAAACCAGAGCGUGGCCUGAAGAAAGGCUCAGGACUGCAUUUGGAUAUUGUGAUAUUAGGUUUUUUGAAUACAUGUUGCGGUCUUUUUGGUACUCCAUGGCAUUGUGCAGCCACGGUACGUUCAGUAACGCACGUAUCUGCGCUAACUGUUAUGUCAAGGACCCACGCCCCUGGUGAAUCGCCGCGUAUUAUUGAUGUUAAAGAGCAGCGUUUGUCUGGCUUCUUUGUGUCGCUCAUGAUUGGAUUGUCCGUAACAAUGGCACCGCUGCUGCGUUUGGUGCCUAUGGCAGUAUUGUUUGGCGUAUUUCUGUACAUGGGUAUCGCUUCGAUGAGUGGCGUACAGUUCUUCGAAAGAAUGAGACUAUAUUUCAUGCCGGUAAAACAUUAUCCACCCACACCGUAUGUAAAACGUGUGCCCACCUGGAAAAUGCACAUGUUCACCACCAUACAAUUGCUUUGUCUGACAUUACUCUGGGCUGUGAAAUCAUCCAAGAUAUCAUUGGCUUUCCCAUUUUUCCUCAUCCUGAUGGUACCGAUAAGACAGCGACUUGUGAUGCUCUAUACACCCGAACAACUGCAAGCGCUCGAUGGCAGUGAAGUCAAGGAUGAGGAUGAACCUGAUUUCUAUGUAGAAGCUACUAUUCCCGCUUAAAAAGUAAUAUAAAUACUUUCCCUUCAAAUGUGCAUAUUUGUAAUUAAAGGAAUUGCCUGUACUUAAGCAUAAACUUAUAAACUUAAGUGCUCUAUAUUAUUUCAUGUAUUGUUCAUAACGGUAUUUUUUUGUUUGUUUUUAAUUAGAUGUAUAUAUAUACAAUUAUAUUUUGGAAGCUUUUUGCUUAAAAUGUAGUUAAAUUUGUUUUAUCACCUAAAGAUGAUGUAAAAUGAUUCCAUUAUAAAAAUGUUUGAAUAAGUAAAUGAAACAAUGUAUUUUUCUAUCCACCAAAAACAAAAGAACGAACCUAUAAAAUUACUUAAGUCAAAACAAACAAAGAUUAAUCUAUGUGUAUAUUUUAAAAUUAAAACAAAAAGAAACAAAACAAUUUUGUUACGUGAAAUAUGCACCAUUUACUACGUAUUUCACGAUGGAAGUAUUAAAAAGUGUAACAAUUAAUAGUAACUAUGUAGUUUAUAGUUGAGAGUAUUGCAAUUUUAGUAGUUUUUAUCAUAGAAAUUUUAAUUAAAUUAUUGUCACAAAACGGCCAGGCAACCAGAAAGGAAGAUGGCCCGAGCUAAACUUAAAAGAAAGGAAAACUCGACAAAUAGCUAAUUAUUAUUGAAAUGCACUUGUAACUUAAUGAGAGAAUACAGUGGUGCAUAUAUAUACAAGGUGGCGCAAAAUUAAUCAUCAAUUUCGUUUAUGACUAACUUUUUUACUAAAUAAAAAAAGAAACAGAUUUUAAAUGAUGAAAAUCUUUAUGUUGACUUUUACGCGCUCCAUUGCUUGUAUGUUUGUAUACUGCAGCUGUCUAUCUCACAAGUGUCAAAUAUGAUUGACGUGUGACGCCGUUUGCAUACUCUUUUAUAACCACCUUGUAUAUUCCUUUAAACGCAACUGAUUCAUUUUAAAGUUGAUUAAGUCACAAAAUAAAAUCUUUAACAUUUGGCAACUUUUAAUAUAUGAAAUUCAUGUUUGAGUCUUGAGGUUCCUGUUAUAAAACAUAUAUUUUUUAAAACCAAAAAAAAUAAAUGUAAACUAUUUUUUUACAUUUAGAGGGUAGACUGGUUGUCUUUCACUCCAUUAAAAUAUGAAAAAUGCCUAAAGGAAAAUAUUUGUUGGAGACAGAAAAAAUUAAAAUUAACUUUUAUCAUAAAAAUCAUAAAUCUGGGUCUGUCGUACGUAUCUAAAAAAAAGGAGAAGAAAGACAUGGUGUCAAAAAACAGACGAAAGUUAAUCAAAACUUGACAAAAAAAAAAAAAAUUGAGACGAGCAGGCACAAGGCAACCAAAACUAAGCUCAAUGCUACUGAAGUACAAAGAAAGCAUGAUCUGCCAUUGUCAGAAGUCAUGAGUCAUGACGCCUUCACUAAUUGCACGAAGACACUUUGCAAGCGCUUGUUUAAAUCACCCAACAUGACGGCACAGCAAGAAUUUACUUGCAUACAUAAGAAAUGGAUUACUUAGUGAAAUAAAGUUGCAUGAGUUGUUAUUGGCAUGAUCUUCGAAGUAAUAAUUUUCUGAUGUCGAAAAGGAACUUUGGCGUUGGGAGUGUCAUGGACACUAGAAAGGUUCCGUUUCCCCAAAAAUUAACGCGGUUAUUUAUAAUAAAACUGCCGCCGUGGCCAAAUGAGUUGGUAUUUGAUUACCAUUCGGAAUCUGGACUUCGAAUCUCCGUGCAUGAAGCACCAAAUGAUUGAAAAAGGUUUUUUUCUAAUAGCGGUUGCCACUCGCAGGUAAUGCAGAAUCUCCACGUUUAUUUCUACCAUGAAAAACUAUUUGCCAUUCUAAUAAAAAACCACCAGCCAUUCGAAUGACGCGCAAAAUUGUAGGUUCCUCCGUUUGUGGGAAAACAUCCUACCACAAAUGGGAGGAGUUGCGCGGCCAAGCACUAAAUAAAAAAGUGGUUGGCGCCAAUUUCUAAUAAAAUGUGAGAAGAUGCUCUCAUCACUUUUAUGUAUGGAACAAUGCGCGAUAACUCCGCCUUCCAGCAGGGCGACCCAGCAAUUAAUAUCUUACGGACAUAGUUAGAGUGGUGUAGUGAGAACCUCAUCUGGUUCCAGCUUGUAUACAGACCAGAC